AUGGCCGCUCCCGUCGUCGUCACCGCCUCGUCCUCGAUUCAAGCCGCCGCAUCAGCUCCCGGCGACCCUGGCGACGGCAACAAGGCGCACCACAAGAAGGGUGGUGGCUUCGUCAACCCGUGGGACAGCUUCCGGGAUCCUGGACGCGGCCCUUUGACCCUGUGGAACGCCUACAAGAGCUGGGAGACGCACCCUGUCCCGUCGGCCGACCUCCUCCCGCAGCGCCGCCAGCCCGACUUUGUUCCGCCUCCUUCGCUCUCGCCCGCCGAGCGCGACGCCUGGUUCGCCGACCUCAAGACGACCUGGCUCGGUCACGCGUGUUUCCUCGUCGAGUUCCCGGCGAGCCCGGGCCAAGGGCAAAAGGAGGGCGAGGAGCGGCGCGGCUUCCGGGUCCUGUUCGACCCCGUGUGGAGCCACCGGUGCUCGCCGAGUCAGUGGAUCGGCCCAGCACGUGUCACCAAGCCGCCUGUCGCGCUCGACGAGCUGCCGCCUGUCGACGCCGUCGUCAUCAGCCACAACCACUACGACCACCUCGACAUCCCGACGCUCAAGAAGCUGUACAGCGCACAGCCCGCCGGUUCAGUUCAUUUCUUCGCCCCGCUCGGCAACAAGGACUGGUUCAUGUCCAACAUCGGCGUCGCCGACACCGAGGUGACCGAGCUCGACUGGUGGGAGGAGCGCGAGCUGCGGCUCGGCAGCGACGGCGGCAAGGCAGCGGGUCCGAGCGGCGGGGCGAGCGCGGACGACAAGCUCCGGGUCGUGUGCACGCCAUGUCAGCACUUUACCGGGCGCAGCUUGACCGACAGGAACGACACGCUGUGGGCGAGCUGGAGCGUGUCGUCGAGUGCGGGCGGCAAGGUCUGGUUUGGCGGCGACACGGGCUACCGCACCGUCCCUCGAGCGCCUCACGACCUGUCGACCCUGCCCGUCUGCCCCGAGUUCAAGCGGAUCGGCGAGCGCGAGGGCCCGCACGACCUCGGCAUGAUCCCGAUCGGCGCGUACGACCCGAGAUGGCUCUUCAGCUCGGUGCACUGCGCCCCGGAGGACUCGGUCGAGCUGCAUCGCGAGACGAGGUGCAAGAAGUCGAUCGGCAUGCACUGGGCAACGUGGCAGCUCACGCCCGAGGAGAUGACCGAGCCGCCCAAGCGCCUGCGUCGAGCGUGCGACGUGUACGGCAUCACGGCCGACGAGUUUGGCGUGACCGACUUUGGCGAGACGGUGCGGGUCAAGGUCUCGACCAGCGCGAAGGCGUAAUUUCGCGGCGAGCGGUCUAUCUUUGUUGUUGUCCUCUGCGCUCUGCGUGUAGCUCUGUGUGCAACGAAGCCCGGUACCAAAGCG